CUCGGCUCUGGUGCGGGGAGGGCGCGCUGCGGCGCUCGCUUCUGCUGCUUCCUCGGGCCAUUUUGCUCCGCGCGGAGCGACGAGAGGUGGCGAGCCGGGGCUAGAGGCGCGAGCCGGAGGAAGCGGCGGGCUUUCCGCAUUCUCAGGGUCCGGAGGACCGCAGCGAUCGCCGGCGAAGGGGGUCGGGGGCCCCUUCCCGGUCCCUGCACCAUGAGCUGGGGCACUGAGCUCUGGGAUCAGUUUGACAACUUGGAAAAACACACACAGUGGGGAAUCGACAUUCUUGAGAAAUACAUCAAGUUCGUCAAGGAGAGAACGGAGAUUGAGCUCAGCUAUGCCAAACAGCUCAGGAAUCUUUCAAAGAAAUACCAACCCAAGAAGAACUCGAAGGAAGAAGAGGAAUACAAGUACACGGCGUGUAAAGCGUUUCUUUCCACCCUGAAUGAGUUGAAUGACUACGCCGGGCAGCAUGAGGUCAUCUCCGAGAACAUGACGUCACAGAUCACGGUGGACCUGGUGCGCUACGUACAGGAGCUGAAGCAGGAGAGGAAAUCGAAUUUCCAUGAUGGACGGAAGGCUCAGCAGCACAUAGAGACGUGCUGGAAGCAGCUGGAGUCGAGUAAGAGGAGGUUUGAGCGGGACUGUAAGGAGGCCGACCGUGCACAGCAGUACUUUGAGAAAAUGGACGCCGACAUCAAUGUGACCAAGGCGGAUGUGGAAAAGGCGCGACAACAAGCUCAGAUGCGCCAGCAAAUGGCAGAGGACAGCAAAGCUGAUUACUCCUUAAUCCUGCAGAGGUUCAACCAGGAGCAGUGGGAGUACUACCACACCCACAUCCCCAACAUCUUCCAGAAAAUCCAAGAGAUGGAGGAGAGGAGGAUUGUGCGCAUUGGAGAGUCCAUGAAGACGUAUGCAGAGGUGGACCGGCAGGUGAUACCCAUCAUCGGGAAGUGCCUGGACGGUAUAGUGAAGGCGGCCGAGUCUAUUGACCAGAAAAACGACUCCCAGCUAGUCGUAGAAGCCUAUAAGUCAGGAUUCGAGCCUCCCGGAGACAUUGAAUUCGAAGAUUACACACAGCCCAUGAAACGCACGGUGUCAGACAACAGCCUUUCCAGUUCCAAAGAAGGCAAGCCCGAGCUCAAGUUUGGAGGCAAGUCCAGAGGCAAGCUCUGGCCGUUCAUCAAGAAAAACAAGCUUAUGACCCUUUUAACAUCCCCCCACCAGCCUCCCCCUCCUCCCCCUGCCUCUGCCUCACCCUCUGCUGUUCCCAACGGCCCCCAGUCUCCCAAGCAGCAAAAGGAACCCCUCUCCCACCGCUUCAACGAGUUCAUGACCUCCAAACCCAAAAUCCACUGCUUCCGGAGCCUAAAGCGUGGGACUCAGUCUCUGUGUUAUCACAAAGAGCUCAUGAAGAGGACUCUAGGGAAACCCACGCAUGCCUUGGAGGCUAGGAACUAUGUUCUUUCGCUCAAGCUGGGUGUCACCCCGGAAGACUUCAGCAACUUCCCGCCUGAGCAGAGAAGGAAAAAACUACAACAGAAAGUGGACGAUCUCAAUAAAGAGAUCCAAAAGGAGACCGACCAGAGAGACGCCAUCACUAAAAUGAAAGAUGUGUACCUAAAGAACCCUCAGAUGGGAGACCCGGCCAGCUUGGACCACAAACUCGCCGAAGUCACCCAGAACAUAGAAAAACUGCGGCUGGAGGCUCACAAGUUCGAGGCCUGGCUGGCUGAGGUGGAAGGCAGACUCCCAGCUCGGAGUGAGCAGGCACGCCGGCAAAGUGGGCUGUACGACGGCCAGACACACCAGACGGUCACUAACUGCGCCCAGGACCGGGAGAGCAGCCCAGAUGGUAGUUACACAGAAGAGCAAAGCCAGGAGAGCGAGCACAAGGUGCUGGCCACGGACUUCGACGAUGAGUUCGACGAUGAGGAGCCGCUUCCUGCCAUCGGGACCUGCAAGGCCCUCUACACCUUUGAAGGUCAGAACGAAGGCACCAUUUCGGUAGUUGAAGGAGAAACGCUGAGCGUGAUUGAGGAGGACAAAGGCGAUGGGUGGACACGCAUCCGCAGAAACGAAGACGAGGAGGGUUACGUCCCCACUUCCUACGUCGAAGUCUAUUUAGACAAAAACGCCAAAGGUGCUAAGACUUAUAUUUAAUCCACUUAAAACAAAAACCUUGAAAAGCAUUGGAGUUGUCUCUCCCCACCACUGUGGCUGUCACAGGCCUUCAAGAGGUCAGCAGAGACCAGGCGACUCAGACACUCGGGAACUGGGGGCGUCUUGUGCCUGAGUUCGCUUGUCCAACUUGGUUGUGUUCAGAACUGCCACCGGCCAGCUUACAACUGUGUCGUUUGAGAUCUGAUCAGCGUUUCCAUUCCAUUCAACAAAAUGUGUAGAUUUUUUUCUUUUUUAAAAUGUAUGGUGGUGGCUCUGUGCCUAUAAUCCCAGCACUCAGGAAGGCCAAGUCAAGAUCAUCCAAGUGAGUUUCAGGCUGGCCUGGGCUUCGGGGUAAUAAAAGUUCCUUCAUCGAUGGAAGUAAUAUCUCCCUGCCCUUGAGUUAAGCCUGUAACGUUUUCUCGGUGCCCACGCCUAGUACCCCAAAAAUCACAGCUCAGUUUCCCAGUGUUAUCUGUUUAUCGUCUGAGUGUCCCAAACAACCGAAAGGGGUCCAGGAGGGCGUGCUCCUUGAGGGACUAGUUUUGACUUGACAUUCAUCUUCUGGCUCCAUCUGAGGGGCCGGGCCAGUGGUAGAGUCUCGUCAAGCUUUUGAGGCAAGCUUGUGCAGCAGCUGGCGCCCCAAUGCCCCUGCGGGCACGCUUUUCCUCAGACUUGUUUCCAUUCCUGUUUGUGGCCAGAGGAGCGAGCGGCUUUGCUGUGGACAGAGCCUCGUGCAUCAUCCCUUGUAAGCAAUGGACUCAACACGUCCCCCUUUAAGUGGAAGAGUUUUUCUUUUUUUUUAAUCUUUGACACCUAUGAGACCCCAAGUUAGAAUUUCCCAGAUGCUUUGGGAUUCCUGGCACAUUUGAGCUGCCUAACUACAGCCAGAGUGAGGUAAAGAGUCUUAGUGUUUAAAAGGGAUGUGGGCCAUGUGGGAAUUUGCAUUUUUAAGUCAGUUCUGAUGCUGGGGGGGGGGGUGACACUGGGCAUGUGCGUAGGCAUCUGCCACGCCCAGGACUGAAUGGUGCCCAUCAUGACAGCCCACCUCAAGGCUGUCAAGAGCCAACUCUAAAUCAGUAGAAAUGAGAAAGCAUCCACCCACAUCGGGCCUUUCCUUUUUUUAAUUUUUAUUUUGUCUUGUUUUGGUUUUUUUUGAGACAGGGCUUCUCUGUGUAGCCCUGGCUGUCCUGGAAUUCCCUCUGUAGACCAGGCUGUCCUCGAACUCAGAGACCACCUGUUUUUGCCUCAGUGCUGGGAUUUUUUUUUUUUUUUUUGAGGCAGUGUAACCCAAGCUAGCCUUGAACUCAUGAUUCCCCUGCCUCAGCCUUGUGAUGGCUGAGACCACGAUGAUAUUUUGUAGCAGUGACUGGCUCUUGGCAGUUAGAGAAGUGGCACAAAGAGGUCCCCGUACCCUUCACGAAGCUCCAGCAGCCACACCUCACGGUCCAGUGCAGACUCCUGAAUAGCAAGCUGACCCAGCCUGAUCUGUUUAAUGCACAUCGGUUUUCUAGCUCACAUUUCCUUUGAAUAACUUUCGCUGUCACUGUGCUUUUAAAGUCAGCCGUUACAGGGCUCCUUCAGAAGCAGAAUUUCAAUGCUCCCUGCAGGUACCCUGAACCCCCAAAGAGCCCUCUGAGUGGGGAGGAGGAAGGACAAACUGCAUGUGGCCAGGAGGCUAGAAAGACUAGGAAUAUAAAAGGCAGAGUUCUUUAUUCAGAACUCACUUCUCAGCUUCAGUCUCCUCCUCCUUCUCUUCCUCCUCUUCCUCCUCUUCUUCCUCUUCCCCCUCCUCCUCUCCUUCCUCCCUCUCUUCCUCUUCCUCCUCCUCCUCCUCUUCCUGUUCUCCCCCCCCCCCCUUUACUUCUCUUAUUCUUCUACCUUGUUCUUUUUGGUUUUUCUAGACAGGGUUUCUCUGUGUAGCCCUGGCUAUCCCGGAUAGCCUGAACUCACUCUGUAGACCAGGCUGGACUGAAACUCCAGAGCUCCACCUGCCUCUGCCUCUCAAGUGCUGGGAUUAAAGGAGUGCAUGCGGCACUCCUUCCCGUGUGCAGAGGCAGGCAGAGCUCUGUGCGUUCAAGAUCCGUCUAGUGUACACAGUGAGUUCCUGGACAACUAAAACUACGUAAGAUAGACCCUGUCUUAAAAAGUCUCAAAGAGAGGUCCAGCAGCGAACUGGUGAACGGCCUGCUGGGUGAAGCGGAGUGGGUUUCCUCGGGUUUGUGCAGGUCCUUGUUUAAGUGUGUGCCAUUAAGGUGACUCCUUAGGGUCCCCACAGAUGAAUGAGCCCAAGUGAACUGAAUGAUACUUUGUAGUUUCUGUCUCCUCAGUGGUGAGCAUAGAAAUUUCUUCCAAUAGUUUACUGUUUAAUAGGGGAUAUUGGAGGUGUGGUCAGGGGAAGGUGGCUUGGUAGGUGCAGACAUUUGUCCCCAAGCCUGAUGAAUGUGAGUGUUCUCCCUGCAACUCACAUGGUUGAAGGAAAAGACCAACUCCCCAAAAUUGAUCUGUGUCCCAGAAGUUGACUUCUGACCUUCGUGUACCUGGCACAUGUGCACACCCACACAAAGCGCAGGCAAAUCAGUGUAAAAAGUAAAAACCGGACAGUUGGGUGUCGUAGUCUAUGCUUGUAAUCCAAGCACUUGGGACCCAGAUCUCUGUCAGUUCAAGGCCAGCCUGGUCUACAAAGCGAAUUCCAGGCCAGCUAGGGCUACAGAGUAACAUCUUAUCUCAAAAGGACAGAAAAUAGAUAGGUAGGUAGGUAGGUAGAUAGAUAGAUAGAUAGAUAGAUAGAUAGAUAGAUAGAUAGAUAGAUAGAUAGAUAGGGAGAGAGCUGAGCUGCCUGAGAAGCAUCUCUGAGGUUAGCAGCCACCCAGCCUCUUCAGACCCUGUCCCCCUGCCUCCACCCCGGGGCCCAGCUGCUGUUCCCUGACUCCCCUGACUCCCAGAAACUCAGAGCACUUCUCAGAUUUUAAAAAAAAAACAACGCAAGGGCGCACUUUCUCUCUCUUUCUGGAAUCAAUGAUGUACUUAACUAUUGCCAAAAUCCUUAGACUCCUUCGACCCUUUGCAGUCCGGCGGCUUCUGACAUCACUUCCUGUUGGCCGUGGCCGCGAUCCUGCGCCGCAGGGUACAUUUGUAUAUACUGCCGUUUGGAAGCUGGAAGGAUGCCUUGCACACUGUUGUAGUCUUUUGCCUGUCUGGUUUUAUUUGUUGUUCUUCUGCCUAACCACCUUUUUGUUUUUAUAACUGCUGGGGAGGCCCCUGGACGCUUGCACUGUAGCUAGGUCCCCGGCCGGCUGCUGCGUACUUGACUUUAUUGUAAACCCCUGGGCUCUGAGUAAGUCGUUUGAAUAUAGCAUCACGAUUGCACCUUUCUCUUCUUAUCCUGAGGGAAAGAAUCUCUCUGUCGCCUUCCGGUUGCGCCCUCGUAUCUGCCUCUCUAAUAAAUAUUAUUAUUUUUCUCA